GUGUGGGCUGACAACAUGGUCUAUCCUGCUCUGCUCUGCACUUGGUUAGUCGGGUGGUUUGUUUUCUGGUUUCUAGGGGAGGAGCGGAUAGGAUUUCCCCACUUCUUCCCCCCACUUUAACGUCUAGUUGGCAUAACUGAUAAUUUCCGCAUUCCCAAAUCCUCCCAGAUAGAGCUAACUAUUUAAACGGGCCGAUGCAACGAUUUCCACUUUUUAAAAUCUACUGUCGACCUUCAGCUGACCAGAAGAAAGGACAACUGUUGCACUCGGAAUCAAAGUCAGCUGUGGUCACAGCCGGAUCUAACAUGAUGCCGGGACCAAUCCCAGAUCCCCUGGUGACAGCGGGCUCCCUGCCCAGCCUGGGUCCCCUGGCAGGGAUCCCCUCCACCACGCUGACUGACCAGCUCAAAUACGCCGACCUCCGGGAACUGGGGUCCAUGCUCUCUCCACUGCACUUCUUGGGCAAGCUAGGGAAGAGGCCCCUAAACAUCAAAACAGAAAGAGAUGAGGAAGAGGACAGGAGGAAACGAAGGAGAGAGAAAAACAAAGUUGCAGCAGCACGCUGUAGAAACAAAAAGAAGGAGAGGACAGACUAUCUACAAAGGGAAUCAGAGAGACUAGAGGUGAUGAACUCUGACCUCAAAGCCCAGAUCGAGGAGCUGAAGCAUGAGCGGCAGCAGCUGAUCAUCAUGUUGAAUCACCACCGCCCAACGUGCAUCGUAAGAACAGACAGCGUCAAGACCCCUGAAAGCGAAGUCAACCCCUUGCUGGAGCACCUGGAGGGGAAGUGAUGUCACAGGACUCAGAGCAGCAGUGUCACAGUUACAGUUUACAGUGAAGCUCCACUCCGGUCAG